UUAUAAAUAGCUCAACACUCAUUACAGUUAGCCACAUUACUCGUUAGUGCCUAAUUGUGAUAACUACCGGAGCGUGCAGUGCCCACUGAAAUCCAAACUUAGCCAGGACCUUUUGAAAAGUCUCUACCAGAUCAAUCCAACUAAACAUGCAGUCCUCCAGCAUCUUUGUCCUGGCCAUUUGCGCCUUCGCUCUGCUCUCCUCCAUUAGGGCUGCUCCUCUGGACGACUCCCAACAUGCCACCAUCCUGAGAUACGACAACGACAACAUUGGCACUGAUGGCUACAACUUCGGGUACGAGACUAGUGAUGGAGUCACCCGCCAGGAGCAGGCUGAGCUGAAGAACGCUGGCACCGACCAGGAGGCGCUCAGUGUGCGCGGCUCCGUCAGCUGGGUGGCUCCCGACGGCCAGACCUACACCCUGCACUACAUUGCCGAUGAGAACGGUUUCCAGCCCCAGGGCGACCAUCUGCCCCACAACUAAGUAUUUCCCCUUGGUGUAGUCAGUAUCGAAAGCAGUAUUUCUUUAUGUUGUAAAAAAAAUCAGGGUUUUAAAGUAUUUUAAUGUUCAUAUUUCAUUAUUAUAACAUAGUUGAUAUCAAUACAUAAAUAACUCAAUCGUAUUGUUUGAUUAUUAGAUUAUCAAAAUGAAAUGCCAGUCUUCAGCUAGUCUGUUAGGAUUUUUUGCGAUCAUAAAGUGAAAUGAGUUCGAUCGUCCCUUGAACCCGGAUCAAAAGAUGUUCACUAUGCUAAAUUUAAUAUUUACAGAAGGGCUCUUUCAAUGAAAUGAAAAGUAUGACGCAAGAGAUGGAAGAACAGGGUGCCUGUUCUCCUCACAUUUUCCAUACGCACCGUUGAACGUCGAAAUGCGGUGUGUGUCUCGUCUUGGCUCGUCUCGUCUGGCUACUUUGCCUGGACGGCCUUCGGUUGGCAGAAACCUGCAAAUUUUUGGCACAGCCAAACAUGUUUGGGUUUUUGUUGUCUUUGUAAUUAAUACAUAAUUAAAGUGGCGCAUAUUGAAAAAUGUGCGAGGGAUCUGGCCACAAAUGAAAACGAAGUUUUGAAGGUUAAUUUCAGGCGUUGAUUUAAAUUUCAUGCGAUGCUAAUGAAAUUUGGAAGACACCUUCCAAAAACAACAUACAGCAUACAGAGAGCCAAACGGCCAAAUUAAUAUGCAUGAUAUAAAAAGCGACAAUGAUCAAACUAGUUUUGGAAUGAGACGAUUGGCCGCAUUGACCGAUCUUUAAGCUGCUGACGUAGUUGCCAUGCCCAAUUUUAAGUUGAACACACUUUGGCUCAUGCCUUCUUGAUUUACAUACUUAUUGUUGUUGAUGUACAGAACUAUUGGCUGAUAUGCUCAAAGAAGUUCUAAAUAUACAUACGUAUGUGAAUCGAACUGGACUCAUUGCUAUUUACCGAUUGAUAUAUUUAGGAAGGGAUGUGAAAAUGAAGUUAAAUAAUAAAAAGGGCUACACAUUUGAAUUUGUCUAAGAAUUGCUUAAUUUUAUGGUCAUUGUUAGUGGUGAACUAGCCAAUUAGCAGAACUAUCUUGCCUGACGACUAUUUAUUUCAAGUCAUACCAGCUUGAUAAGAUGCAUAAUAUAUGUGCAGGUACAUUAAUUCGAUAAACCCGAUGAAGCAUCUCAUUAUAGUUUUGCAAUUUCCAAAUGCGCUCCCAUUUAAUUCGCGCAGCUAAACAAAAUGACAUAAAUUGUAUAUGAGAUAUGCAAGCUUUUGUGGCUUGACUGCGUCUUGAAUUAGUUUGCUAGUUAAGUAUAAAAGUUUUCAUCCUGCACUCGAUCGAUAUCAUUCGCAUCGAACUCUUCGAGAUCUGCAAGCCAGCCAUAAUUCAACAUGAAAUUCCUGAUCGUUUUCGUAGCCCUCUUCGCUU